AUGACCAUCGUCGGUGAACCGCUGCGGGGCGAACAGGUCGCCGGUAGUGCACACUAUGUGAGCGCUGAGCAGAUUGAACAGCUUGGUCACAAUGACAUUCAACGCAUUGUCCGCCAGAUUCCCGGCGUCUCAGUACAGAUAGAGGACGGCUAUGGUCUGCGCCCGAACAUCAGCAUACGUGGCGUCGCCACAGAACGUAGCGGUCGAAUCACACUGCUAGAAGACAACGUACUGAUUUCACCCGCACCCUACUCUGCACCCAGCGCCUACUAUUUUCCAACCAUCGGUCGCAUGUCUGCCAUUGAAGUACUCAAAGGUCCUGCAUCAAUCACUCAGGGGCCCUACACCAUCGGUGGCGCCCUCAAUAUGAUCUCUGUGCCGAUACCUGAGAUCGCCAGCGGCAGAGUCACCCUGGAGGCCGGAGAAGAUGCAACCUAUCGUUUGCAUGCUCAUUAUGGCGCGCGCAACGAUGCCGGAUUUGGCUAUCUUGUGGAAACUCAUCAGUGGCAGUCAGAUGGAUUCCAGUCUAUCGACAGAGGCGGUGAUACCGGCCUGGACGUAGAGGACUACACCGUUAAAUUGAGUUACGCACCGGAUAACGCUAAUCACCGCGUAGAACUGAAGUUACAGUACGCUGAACAGGAUUCAGAUCAGACUUACCUCGGUCUCACCGAUGAUGACUUUCGUGACGAUGCAUUCCGUCGUUACGGCUUGUCUGCCUUGGAUAACAUAGCCACCCAGCAUGAACAGGUCAUAUUACGUUACGAAUGGGAUAUCAGUGACCGUUUGAAUUUCGACGCCACGGCUUACAACAACACCCAUGAGCGAAGCUGGUUUAAAACUGAAGGCAUCGAUUUCGACGGCUCAGCAGAUGCAGAAAGUUUCUCCCGCACCAGCUGGUUUGAUGUUGUACAGGCGGUGAACAGUGGCGAAGCCCUCGGCGGUCUGGACAGCGAUCAGUUACAGGGCAUUCUGGACGGCAGCAUUGAUACACCCGCCGGAAGUCUGCAACUGCGCGCCAACGACCGCGAAUAUUUUUCGCGCGGUAUCCAGCUCGGUCUGGAUUGGAAUGUCUUGAUCGGUGACUGGUCUCACUCCAUAGAAGUUGGCUUACGCAUUCACGAAGACGAAGAAGACCGCCUGCAACGUAACAGCAGCUAUAGCCAGAUAUCUGGCCAGCUGGUCCGCGAUGAUAUUGGUUUAUUAGGCAAUGCCGGUAAUCGCGUUCAGGAAGCGCAGGCGCUUGCCAUACAUAUCUACGACCGCAUUGAAAUUGGCAACUGGACGCUGACCCCAGGGUUGCGUUUUGAAGACAUCGAACAGGAACGCACACGCUGGGAGAUACGUCCUGGCAGCACACUGGACCCAGCUUCACGCAGUGCUGACAAUCUGCGGGACAAACGUUCGAAUGACACCACUGUGUGGCUACCCGGCAUGGGUGUCAUCUACAGCGUCAACGAUGAGCUGAGCGUGUUUGCCGGCAUCCACAAAGGGUUCACCGCACCAAGCAAUGCACCUGGCGUGGAUGAAGAAGAAGCCAUCAACUACGAAAUCGGCGUACGCUUCGGCGAUAACAAUUUACGCGUUGAAGCUGCCUACUUCUUAAGCGACUACGAUAACUUGUUAGGCGAAUGUACCGCCUCAUCCGGCUCAGACUGCGAAAUAGGUGACGCCUUUAAUGGUGAUGCUGUCACCGUGCAGGGUUUCGAGAUGCUGUUGGGUACAAACCUGAACCCGACAGGUGAGAUUGCGAUACCCCUGGCACUCGCCUACACCUUCAUCGACAGCAAAUUCGAUACGGACAUUGGCAACACCGACUUUUUUGGCGAUGUGAGCAAAGGUGACCCCAUUCCUUACAUCCCGGAAAACCAGCUGAAUGUGUCACUUGGUUUAGUCGGCAGCGAUUGGGACAUCUACCUGGCCGCAAACUAUGUGGAUGAAGUCUGUGUGCGCGCAUCCUGCGGCGCCUUUGAAAAGACCGACAGCACCCUGAGUGUUGACCUUUCAGGCAGCUACAACCUCAAUCAAGCCACCGAAUUGUUUGCCCGGGUAGAAAACCUCACCGGUGAAGAAGACAUCUUAGGCCGCCAACCCUACGGCGCCCGACCUAACAAAGAUACGACAGCAUCGGUUGGCGUCAGGUUCACGUUCUGA